ACUGAAGCCGAAGUGAAUCCGAAGGCCUACCCCCUGGCCGACGCCACACUGUCCAAAACCAUCCUGGACCUCGUGCAGCAAGCCUCAAACUACAAACAGUUGAGGAAAGGGGCCAAUGAGGGUGAGGGAAUCUGUAAUAAUGAUUAAUACCCAAUUGGUAAUAUAUCGAUCAUAAAUGGGAAAUGUACCCAAUCCUUUCUGCGAGAAGCGUUAUACCAGCUUCCAAGACAUCUGGCCCUAUGGAAAUUAUUUUGAUGUGAUAUGAAAGGGGGACUUAUAUUUCUAGAACCAUACUGUAAUUUAGAAUUGAUUCACGUUUAGAUUGAGGUUCUGGCUUCCAGAGCCAAUUCUCCCUUUAAGCUGAACAUGUAAGGUCCUUGAACUAAAGGCUUCCGCAUGCUUCGGUUCGGCUGGCACCUAGCCGAACUCGGCUACGUGAACCGAACGAGUGUGCUCGCGUACCUUUAACCUUCUCUUGAAUAGACCUUCGCUUGAAAACUGAGUGGCAAUGUACUGUUUGUCCAUCUUGAGAUGCCUUAGCCAGUAUACACUUCCUCAAUGGAAUUAAUCUAAACUCAAAUCUGUCAUUCAUUGAAUUUUUUUGCAGAGGAGAUCUUUGUCAUGCAAUUGUACAUCUAACUAGGAUGUUUGCAGUAUUUCUCAAGUUAGACUAGUUUUCAUGCAAAUGUUCUAUUGUUGAAUGACAACACUUCAUUGAAGAAUCCCUACUGUUGACCAAUCACCGACGACGGGGCAUAGACUUCGGUACUUCUUGCUGGAAGGCAAAACAUUCAAAUUUCACUAAAUGUUGUCAUAAUAUAUGCACAAACCGUUCUGAACUGUUUCAGAUGGGAAGCAUGCGGACGCCUUAAGGAGUAACGUGCGCUCCAUUAGUCCAAUAUUGGGUUAACCCUAACUGCUAGCCUUAACAUAACAUUUACCCCCUAGCCUGGCUAAUGUUAGGCACAACAAAUUUGAAUUUGUAACAUACUUCGUAACAUAUCUUAUGAAAUGGAUGGACAUCCACAAAUUAAUACAUACCAUACCAACGUAACAUACUAAUUUGAGUGUCCCGGAUUUUCAUUUACUAUGUUACUUCUACCCCUGAGUCCAGGUUGGCGCAGGAGGUUGUGUGCUUGAUCUCUGACCACUGACUAGCUGGUUCAAAUCCCACUCAGAUUACCACCUUAAUCACUACAAAAGUUAUCUAUGGAGUUCUCAUUCUACACUAUAAUCUAUCAAAGACAUGUCACUAACCCUUGAAUCUUGUUUAUCCUCUUCCAGCCACCAAGACAUUGAACCGUGGUAUCUCCGAGUUCAUUGUGAUGGCUGCUGAUGCUGAGCCACUGGAGAUCAUCCUCCACCUGCCGCUGCUCUGCGAGGACAAGAACGUCCCCUACGUGUUUGUGCGCUCCAAGCAGGCCCUGGGGCGUGCCUGUGGGGUCUCCCGCCCGGUCAUCGCCACCUCAGUCACCAUCAAGGAGGGUUCUCAGCUGAAGCCCCAGAUCCAGUCUACCCAGAUGGCCAUUGAGAGACUGCUGGUCUGA